AUGGUUGAACGGAGUAUGGUGGAAGCAGCACGAGCUAUAGUCGAAAACAAACAAGCCGAUCUCGACAGCAACAAGUCUCAACUGUCAGAAUUGACAGCUAAAGUGUCCGAACUGGGCGAGAAGUGUCAAAAAGUCUGGCAGCUUUACGAACAGAGACGGCAGGAGUACUUGGAGAAGAAGAGCACAGCACCUGCUGCUGCUGCUUGGGGUGCUCCAGAAGCUGACUGGGGCACGUCGGACGACGCCUGGGGCGACAGCGGCGCCGCAGAUGAGGCCUGGAACGACGCCGCCGCCACCACCGCGACCGAAGAAGUGGCCCCAGCUGCGGCCCCAACAACGGAGCAAGCAGUGGCCACUGGCGGUCCCAAAUGGCGCUGCGUGUACGAGUUCACAGCUAGGACUGUUGACGAGCUCAGCUUGCAACCUGGAGAUCUGGUAAGCGAGGCGACGGCGCCGCGUGGAGACGCCGAGCCGGGAUGGAGAUGGGGUUCAGCCAGAGGUGAAUCUGGAUGGUUCCCCGAGUCCUACGUGGAAGACAUUAACGCGGCCUCAGCGUAUGCCGCCGAAGUCGUCGAACCAAUGGAAACCAAGACUCAGCUUGAAGGUAUAGCAGAAGUACCUGAAGCUGAGAUUACUGCAGAUCUCGGAGGGGCUAUGCCUGCAGUUGAAGGUGGUGACUUCUACAUAGCAGCGUAUCCAUAUCAAUCCGCUGAGCCAGGAGACUUGAUCUUCGACGCCGGAGAGAGAAUCGAGGUCAUCAGACGCGAUGGGGAUUGGUGGUGUGGACGGAUUGGUAUCAGGACGGGAAUCUUCCCCUCGAACUAUGUUACCAAAGAUACAAUCACCUCAACAACCGCCAACGAGCCCAUAGCAACAAUACCAGAAGCCGUUGAACCCACACCUGAACCUUCGCCAGUGAUCCAACCCACACCGAUACAAGCAACAUCGCCACCUGCACAGGAACAAAAAUCUUCUACCCCAGUGUCAUCAGAAGUAGCGGCAAUAACGGAGAACGCAUCAUCGUCGGCGGCAAACACGCGACCAGCGUCCGUCACACGUCGCGAUUCCGGUCGCGACUCCGUCACAGGUCGCAGGAAGAACGAAAUUGCACAGGCUAUCGCUAGUUACACCGCCUCUAGUGCUGAGCAACUUACGCUACAAAAAGGUCAACUUCUAGUGAUACGUAAGAAAUCAGACAGCGGAUGGUGGGAAGGUGAACUCCAGGCUAAGGGUCGCAACAGACAGGUCGGAUGGUUCCCUGCCAGCUACGUAAAGGUGCUGCAGUCGUCUGGACGCACCUCUGGCCGAACAACACCUGUACUGUCCAAGAUGGACACUCUACCAGCGGAAACCGUCAUUGACAAGGUGAUAGCGUUGUACCCUUACACUGCUCAAAACGCUGAUGAAUUAAGUUUCGAGAAGGAUGACAUCAUUGCUGUCACUGACAGGAGCCAGGACCCUGCCUGGUGGCAAGGUGAACUCCGAGGCAUGACUGGCCUGUUUCCCAGCAAUUACGUCACGAAAUUAGUCAACUAGCUUAACUAAUAACAUCCUUUCAUAUUAGUAAGUAGGUGAUUAAAAAUAUCUUUAACUGAAAAUAUAUCUAUGUGCAUGGACCGAAUAAUUGAGGUGGAGUGCUAAUUGCGAUACAAGAAGGCUUAGUCGGGUAUUUUGUUGCAUCGUCGCGACAUCUGGUGUACCGACAAGUAUCAAACGGUUAUUUGUAUGAAUUAAGGGACCACUCGUCAUUUUUAUUAAUACGCCAUUUUCGUCAACCGGUCAAUUUUCAAACUCGUCAAUGAUGUGAAAAUAUUUAAGUCGCCAUUAUAACUGCAAUUUGUCAAAGCUACUCUAAUUUCUAGUGAUAGCAAACAAAACAACUAGAUGGCGCUUAUGGAUUUUAAUGAAUUGUGCUGCCUAUUUUAUUUUGUUUAAGAUUAGCGCCAUCUUUCCAUAUUUCAAAGCGUUACUUUAUAAAUAAGUUUGUAACACACUAUGCCAUCUAUUGACACGCAUAUCAAUCAUAUCAAUAUUUAAAUUUAACUGCCUCCGUGGCCGAACGGCUACCACGCCACGCAGAGGUCC